AUGGAGACGGACAGGCAGGACUGUGUGGCCUCCUGGUGGGACAUGGUGGUGCGGAACCUUCGAUCUUUUCCACAUUCCUGUUCAACACUUGGAAGAAAAAUUGCCUCUCUGUACAACAGCUUUACUAGUAAACCAUUAAAAGAACACAUUUUUCCUCCUCUGAUGAACAUGCUAAUAUUUUUUAAUUUUUUCAAAGCACCAUUUCUUGUGGAUUUAAAGAAACCGGAGUUAAAGAUUCCUCACACGGUGAACUUGUACAUCAGAGUUGAACCUGGGGUGAUUCUGGGAAUCUGGCACACAGUUCCCAGCUGCCGGGGGGAAGAUGCUAAGGGGAAGGACCGUGGCUGGUAUGAAGCAGCCCUUCAGGAUGGCAAUCCAAUUAUUGUUUAUCUUCACGGCAGCGCAGAACACAGGGCAGCUCCUCACAGACUUGAGCUAGUAAAGAUGCUGAGCGAUGGUGGCUUUCACGUCCUGUCUGUGGACUACAGAGGGUACGGGGAUUCCACGGGUGAGCCCACAGAGGAGGGGCUGACCGCGGAUGCCGUUUGUGUUUACGAGUGGACCAAGGCGAGAAGUGGUUCCACACCUGUGUGUCUCUGGGGCCACUCUCUGGGUACAGGAGUUGCAACAAAUGCUGCAAAAGUACUAGAAGAGAAAGGAUUCCCAGUUGAUGCUCUUAUUCUGGAGGCUCCAUUUACCAACAUAUGGGUUGCAAGUAUUAAUUAUCCCUUGUUAAAGAUUUACCGGAAACUUCCAGGAUUUGUACGCGCGCUUAUGGAUGCCCUGAGAAAAGACAAAAUAGUCUUCCCUAAUGAUGAAAAUGUUAAAUUCCUGUCUUCUCCCCUUCUCAUCAUACAUGGUGAGGAUGACAAGACGGUGCCUUUGGAGUUUGGAAAGAAGCUCUAUGAAAUUGCACACAACGCGUAUAGGAACAAAGAGAGGGUCAAGAUGGUGGUCUUUCCCCCUGGUUUCCAACACAACUUCCUCUGUAGAAGCCCCACACUACUAAACACUGUGAGAGAGUUCCUGAGUGAGCAGUGGGCAUGAGGUCUGAGAGUACAAGAAAUCUGCAGUGAAGAC